AUGGCAGCACUGCUGGCUGUCCCAGCCGCCGCCAGAGGACUGUUGGGCUUCGCUGUUGGAAUGAAUAAGCCUGCCGGUGAAUGCAAGACCACCACAGAUUACAGGCUGGAAUUCCAGCAGAUCACGGCCCAAACAGAUGCCACUCUCGUACGGACAUACUCAAAUGCCGAUUCGAAUGGGCAGGAUUGCGACGUGGUGAGGCAGAUUCUCCCUGCUGCGAAAGAGAAUGGUCUGCGAGUACUUCUCGGUACUUGGCCUGAUGGAGGUGGACAAAGCUGGGAGAAUGAGAAGGCAGCGCUCGUGCGCGCCAAUCUGACACAGUACGGCGAAACUGUCUACGGCAUCACCGUCGGCUCUGAAGGCAUCUAUCGCAAUGGCCGUGACGCUAAGAAGGGAUACACCGAGGCUCAACUCAUCCAAUGGAUCGGUGAAAUGCAGAAGCUGUUUCCGACAACAUUGAUUGGAACAGCAGACACGUGGAGCGGCUGGUCUACCGGCAGGAUGGACAACCUUCCCCUACUGGCAAGAACAAAACAUCGGCAAUGCACCAAGACAUACUUCUACACCUUGAGCCAGGCGCUGGGCCACAUCCAAAAUCUCACCAAUGGAGGCGAAGACAUUACUUUCUGGAACGGCGAGACUGGCUGGCCAGGCAAUGGCGGAACCAACAACGGCCCAUCCGUGGCCAGUAACUCAAAUAUGCAUACAUACUGGAACGAGGUUGUCUGCGGCGGCCUCGCGUGGGACAUCGACAUGUUCCUUUUUGAGGCUUUCGACGAACCUCAGAAAGGUGAGGCCACUGGUGAUAAUGGGCAGACGAUGAACGAACAAUAUUGGGAAGAUGAUUACUCGCAAACCACUAUUCUUCGCCAUCCGCCCCGCUGCUCGUCCAUCAGCAACACGAGCAUUCACCACUCGCAUCCAACAACGACAACAAUCACAUCCGCUUUGUCUCCCAACACGCCCUUUUUAUCAGUCACGAGCAACUCGUCCUCAGCAAGCCAGAAUGUCCUCCUCAACACCAACCCCCAUCCAACCCUCCACCGAACUCAACCCCCAACACCUCGAAACCCUCGCCCAGUUCUCCCCAUGCGACAUCUCCGACGCCUCCUGGCCAUCGACCCCUCCCUCCCACAAUCCGGAUUCCUCGCCGACAUUACCCCUCUCACCACCUCAUCCACCACCACCACCCGCAUCGUCGCACCAGCCUCAACCCUAAAACUAAUCCCCAAGUCCCCCACCCCAUCUGUCCCAGUCCCGGAGCCCCUCCCGUCAGACCACCCCAAUGCAGUCCCCAAGGAUAGCCAUUGCUACGCCGCCUCCAUCGGCGGCAUCAUGGCCCUUCGCAUGUCCCGCAACAACGUCCGCGCCUGCCUCAUUUCCGGCCGCGCGCGCGACCUUUCCGAGCUCAACGCCGUCAGCCUGCCCAUCUGGACCGGCAAGGGACUAAGCAGUGUAGCGACCGGCGCGGAAGCGAAGGUUUGGGGGCGGGAAUGCGAGAUUGAGAUUGGCGGCAUCAAAGUGAGGCCUGGCGAUGUGGUGUGUUUGGACCAUGGGGAAGGUGUAGCGGUCGUGGUGCCCAGGGCGUUAGUUGAAAAGGUGGUGGAAGUGGUGGGCGGGCUGGUGGAGAGGGACGAGAAGGUUGUAGAGGCUGUGAAGGCGGGGAUGAGUGUGAAGGAAGCGUUUGGGAGGUUUAGGGGGAAGGAUACUAGGGCCUGA